AUGCCUAGGAAGAGCGCCACUGUCCCAGUGGGAGGCGCGCUAUCUCUCACAGGCAUAGAAAAGCUCGCCUCAAGCGAAAAGACCGCGCGCAUCGCCGCCCUCGUCAACGACAUCUAUGCCUCCAUCAUAUUCAUCGCAAAGCAUUCCAAGGCCGGGAACCUAUCCAAGCUGAACUGCAAGCCGAUGUACGAUUUCGUCAACAACGUCAUGACCGUGGAAGACAAGCAGAAACGCAGCCUCGCGCGGGAGCUUAAGAGACAGGACCGACGUAUCGAAAGGAUGGCCGGCCAGCACCAGAGGGAUAUCCAGAAGCUGCUGGGGCUGGCGAGAAACGGCAUUGCGAUCUUGCAACAGAGAGCUUGCAGGUUGCAGAGGGAAUUGGAUGAGCUGAAGGGGCUAAGAAAGGUUGACUUGGGAGAUGUUGAAAAGAAGCUGGCAGUCAAAACCAACGCCAGUGCCAGCGAGGACAUGGACAUGGAUCAAACGAACGCUGGUGAGCAAAAUGACAGUCACCGACAAGCGAUAAUGGUGCUUAAAUAA